CAUCAAUCACCAUCACUUGUCCUUUGGCCAGGACUCAUUGGACUCCAAGGAGAGACCUUUAUAAAUGUUUGCCAUGCUCAUUCCUGUAACCAAUCUGAAUACCAUACCUGACCUGGCCUGUCAGCGUAUAGGUCACAAUGCAUCAUCCGCUGAAAGAGUGUGAUGCGAGAAUUGGAUAGAGGACAGGCUUGGGAGAUAAAGAAACCAGUCCAUUCCUCCCUAGGCACCAGUUUGUCCAGUUAAGCAGUGGUUUUUGGAACACUGAUUUCCAAGGGACACCAGCUCCAACAUUUCCAAAACUCCAGGAGGCUGAAGACGAUCCAUUCCAACUACUUCUUAGUGUUUUCUCCAAAGAAGUACCAGGAUGCCAAAACACUCAAAGGGGCCAAGCCACUCGAAACAACUCCCUGGAGCGGAUAGAGAAAAGCGUAAAGGGAAAAAGGAGCCUCGCCAAGGCGUCCAAUUUUGGAAGAUCUUCACCAAGGGUCAGCCUGUUCGCCCUGCAUUAAAAGUCCCAGACCAAACCACUCUGCAGAAGUACCUGGAGAAAGGCGAAUACCCCGUCUUCCAGGCCGUGCCAAUGUUCGAGAGCAACUUCUUCCAGGUCACCAGUGGGGGCAAGCACGUGUUCUUCCACAACCACAGCAACAAGGCCAUCGUAGGCAUCGCUACCACCAAUGUCAAGCUCCCAUUGCCCAACGUGCUCUUCAUUGCCCGCCCAGUCGAUGGCCAGUUCUCUCUGGGGCCAGUCCCGGGGGAACCAAUACUGACCAGGGCCCUCCCUUUGAAAUUCGUACGGUUCUCCAUCCACGACCCCGAAAAGCGCGUCAUCAAAAUGAGGCUGAUCAACCGGCGCUCGUAUUACCUCCAGCUUCAUGCGCCCAGAGGGGAGGAGAAGGGCCAGUUUGACCGCUGGCUCUCCCUGGUCUACCUUCUCCACCACCCACCGUCUUGCUACCUGAGCUCCAGGCCAAAGUCCUUCACCGAACGAGACAAUCUGAGCAUCGACUUCAUCUCAAGCGACGGAGAUUCUGUGAUUGCCAUGUUUUCAAAGACAGAGAAAAACAAGGGAACUGCAGACAAAGCGCUCGAGAGAAGGUACACCAUCGACGAAGGAGCAAAAGCAGAGGAAUAUACCGAAGAGAUGCAAGAAAUACUCCGAACCCUGCCGGUGACAUCCAGGAGCACAACGGAGUUGUUGGGGAAAGAUGACAGCUAUGACACUUACGAAGCGAGCGUGGCUUCAAAGCAUACAGCAAGCUCUGAAUCUUUCUUUUCGGACUUGGUUCUUUCUUCGAUGGGGAGCCUCCCCUCAGGUCUUAUGGUUAUGCAGGAUUUUCCAUUUUAUCAAGAGAGAGAAAGGGAAGAGAAAAAAAGGAGUUUCAAUAUCAUCACUAUUUAUUCUGCUGUCUCCAAAACUAUUGCUGAGGGGGGAAAGAGAAAGAAGAGUAAAAAGUAAAAGACUGAACGCCAAACAGGAAGAAACUUUUCUUCUGGAUCGAAAUGGAAGAAGCAAAAAAAGAAAAGUGAGAACCAACGGUGCCUAAUAUAAAGCCUUUUGAAGAG